UUUCUCCACUUCCCCCAUCGUCUCAUAUCUAAAGAACAGAGUUACAGAAGCAAGAAAAAAACCAACCACAUCCAUUCAUCCUCAGAACCAUGGCCACGAUUUUCUCUCCUUCAGCCAUCUUCUCUUCUUCCUCUGCAACUCCCCCAAAAUUUACCCUAAACUUACCUCCAUCCAAACCCCAACUCACAUUUCAAGCCCAAACGACGACCACCACCACCACCAAAUCCUCCUCACCUGUCGUAACUGUCACCGCGGCCGCGGCUGCUGCUGCCGUGAUUCUUUCAACCACCCCUCCAUCUUUUGCAGACGCGUCCACAUCAUACUACGUCUACUACGGCACGGCUGCCAGUGCAGCCAAUUACGGUGGCUACGGUGGCAAUUCAGACAAAAAGGCCUCCGCAGAGUACAUAUACGACGUGCCGGAUGGGUGGAAAGAGCGUCUGGUAUCGAAGGUCGAGAAGGGUACUAACGGCACCGACAGCGAAUUCUACAACCCGAAGAAGAAAUCCGAGAAGGAGUACCUGACGUUUCUCUCCGGCUUCCGGGCACUCGCGCCGAUGGAUGUCGUGCUAAACAACUUGGCGUUGUCGGAUGUGGAUUUGCAAGAUCUCAUCGCCAGUGCCGAGAACGUUCGAUCCGAGGAGAGGAAGGAUGAUAAAGGGCAGGUCUACUAUGUUUACGAGAUUGAUGGGGCAAGUGCCCAUAGUUUGAUCUCUGUAACAUGUGCCAAGAACAAGCUCUAUGCGCAUUUCGUCAAUGCACCAACGCCGGAGUGGAACCGGGAUCAGGAAACAUUGAAGCAUAUCCACGAGUCUUUUAAAACAGUAGGAUCAUAUUAGUAGAUGUUGAUACUUUGAUACCUGACAGAAGGAGAUAUUUCUUGUAUCCUGGAAUAAGAACAGUUUCGUGGUUAUUUUGCUCUUGCUGGUAUUAAUUAAUAUUUUGUGGAAAAUUUUGUUUCUCAAUGGCAUCUUUUGUAAAGGAAACCGUUUUGUAGAGGAAGAAAAGGAAUAAAGGGCUUCAAGCCUUCAACCAUUGUUGAUAAAAACAGCGGUAGUCGGUUGAUCCCUCCGCUCUAUAAUCAGUUGGCGUGAAAAGGCAAUAGAAUAAUCAAAUGGACUUGAAUUUGAUUA